CGUACGGUGCUGGAGAGUGCGGUGCGCGUGGCUGCCUGGCGGUGCGCGGAGCUCCUUCUGAGUCGCCUGCUCCGUCGCUAUGCACAGAAAACAUCUCCAGGAGAUCCCAUCCUCCAGCAGCAAUGUUUCAACCAGCUUCACCUGGGACUGGGACUCCAGCAAGACCUCGGAGUUUCUCUCUGGCAUGGGAGUGUCUGUCCUUAAGAAGGACAAAAUGGGCAAUGAAAACACACCACAGGACCUACUAGUGUCAUCCUCCUGUCCUCCUCAGAAACGGCAGAAGGUGAAGGAGAGAGAAAAGGAUUUUGUCAUUGUGCGCCGGCCUCGGCUGCUCCGAGAGGUGGAGUCAGGUAUUUCCUGGGAUGCGCUUCCAGAUGAGUUGCUUUUGGCAAUCUUUGCAUACUUGCCCCUAAGUGACUUGCUAAAAGUUUCCCUGAUUUGCAAGAGAUGGCAUCGUCUUUCGUUUGAUGAAUCUCUGUGGCAGACUCUUGAUCUGACUGGUAGAAACUUGCUGCCAGGAGUGAUUGGACAGUUGCUGCCUGCCGGUGUUACUGUUUUCCGCUGCCCACGAUCUUGCAUUGGAAAUCCAUUGUUUAAAACCAGCAAACCUCUCAGAGUUCAACAUAUGGAUUUGUCAAACUGCACAGUGUCUGUUGCAGAUCUCCAGAGUAUUCUAUGUCAGUGUGAAAGGCUGCAGAACCUCAGCUUGGAAGGACUAGUGCUUUCUGAUGACAUCAUCAAGAGCAUUGCUAAGAAUUCCAAUUUGGUACGACUGAAUCUCUGUGGGUGCUCAGGGUUUUCUGCAGAAGCCUUGGAGCUGAUGUUGAGCAGCUGUUCUAUGUUGGAGGAGCUGAACUUGUCCUGGUGUGAUUUCACAGCCACCCAUGUCAAAGCAGCAGUCAAUCAUGUAACUUCAAAAGUAACCCAAUUAAAUUUAAGUGGAUACAGACAGAAUCUACAAAUACCAGAUGUUAAAACACUGGUGGAAAGAUGUCCUUUACUUGUCCAUUUAGAUCUAAGUGACAGUGUGAUGUUGAAGCCCGAGUGCUUUCAGUAUUUUCAUCAGCUCGUCUUUCUGCAACAUCUGUGUCUUAGCCGAUGUUAUCAGAUAUCACCUGCUGCCUUAGUAGAACUUGGUGAAAUUCCAACAUUAAAGACUCUUCAGGUAUUUGGAAUAGUGACUGAUAGCUCCCUACAGCUCCUCAGGGAAACACUUCCUGACAUGAAGAUCAAUUGUUCACACUUUACUAGUAUUGCCAGGCCAACUGUUGGCAGUAAAAAGAACCAUGAGAUCUGGGGCAUCAAAUGCAAACUGACGCUGAGAAAUCCUAGUGGCUUAUGAUCAUGUACAAUGGACUGUAUGCAAUGGACACUGCAUGGUGAAGCUCCUUAAGAAGCCUAGUGAUGGAGCACUUUUAAUCUUAGUACUGUUAGUGUAAAAAGCAUUUUAAGUUGCUCUUAUACCUUAAUGUAGUUUCAUAAAUAUUUUAACAGUAUUUUUUUACUUAAAGGCUUCAGAAAUCUGAUCUGUGAGCAAUUGUAGAAUUUCUAAGAACGUUUUUACAAGGGAACUUUUAAAAAAAUGUUAUGAAACAACCAUUGUAAUUAUGUCAGCCUCUCUAGCAACUGUUGCAGGUUGUAAUGCAGCUUUUGUUGUUCUAGGGUGUUCUAAAGCUGCUUUUGCUUAACUCUUCCGGUUCUACAACUUGUGAAACUAUUUGCAGAGGUG